AUGAUAAACGACGACAACCAGUCCGCGUCUGAGAACCGCGUGAUUGAAAUAUGGAGGUACACGGAACAGCUACUCUCUGUAAUCCAAGCAAUGCGACUUGACCCAAGAAACAAAGUUCAAUAUUCUGCAUCUGAAGAUCAAAAAGAGAUACCAUUAUUAAGGAAAUUCCCCAGCGUUGACCUUGCGAAAUGCCUACAGGAGGCCUCGAAACCCAGCGUGACCAAUACGCCGAUAACCGCGCCCGCGAGCGCGAUUAACUUAAAGACGGACGAAAAUGACGUCCAGUACGUAACGAAUUACGUGUCGCGCAGAAAGCGCGGGAAAAAGGCAAGGCCGGCGGAGACAGCGGCCGCGCCGAACGUCAAGGUCGGCGAGACCGUUACGCCGGCGCCAAACGGCCGCCCCGCCGCGUCCCGCGACCCCUCUCGCGUCUCCCGCGCUUCGGUGGCAACGUCGCGCGCUUCCUCGCGAGCGUCAGUUUUUGACUCGUCGCGAGAAGAAAUGGAGGUGAUCACCGCCUCCGAAAACGAUGAGCCCGUGACUGAAUUGGAAGUCGCCGGCCCAUCCUCUCGACCCAGCUCCGACGACGACGGCUUCACUGUCGUUGAAGGCCGAAAACGGCGCAAAGCCGAAUCGGGUGGCCUCGCUAAAAAGCAGGCCACAAAUCCAACACCACAGGGGCGUCAGAACCCCCGGGCAAAAAAGCAGGUGCCAAUGGACACCUCCGCCCCUUCUGCCCCAGCCCCUAAGGCACCCAAAGCCCCUCCGCCUGUCAUCAUUCAGGACAAGGAGAAAUGGCAAACCCCCCGCGCUGAAAGCGCCCGGUUCAAAACGGUCGCAGAGGGGCGCCUCAGAGGUCUUCCCCCCGCGCAACCGUCCUCCCGCAACCACCUCCCCCAGAGUAUCACGACCCCCCAACCAGCAAUUCCAGCGCCUUCGGCGCAAAGCGGGCAGCAGGGCGGCAUAGACAGCGACAUUUCCCUUGUCUGCGAACUCGCAGAGAAGAUUGAUCUCGCUGAGAUUAGCACUCUCGCGUAUAAAAUUAGGUCCGCGAAAAAUAUCCAGGAACGUAUAAGGGCCCUGGCCGACCACGCAGCAGUGGUCGAAGCUCUAAAAAGCGCGCGA